CUCCCAGUCCAGGCGCACACGCCCCUUCCUGGCGUAGGAGCGGUCCAGCCGUAAUCAGGCUUCGGCCUUCGGCGCGUCGCUCCCCCGCACCGCGCUCUGCGCCGCGCCUCAGCCGGAGGUGGCGCUCUGUGCGCCCAGCAGAUCCUUACGCCGGAGGCUCAGACUCCAGGGCUCCUCACGGAAGGCUCCUUUCUCCUCCUUCCCUUCCUCUCCCCCUACUUCCCGGCCCAGGCCGCCCGGCCUUCCACGAGGGAGUGGGGACGCGGGGUCCCAGGGUGGGGACGAGGCACACUUCAGUCCCCUACUCCGACCUGGGCGCCCUCCCAUCUCGGAAUGAGGGUGGAGGCUCCUUAUUCAGAAGCCCUAGGCAUCGGAUUCUGGGCGGGGGCGCGUGGCAGCCGCCAGGAGCCCGGCUGGAGCGCCCGCCCCGCGGCCUCGCCUCCCUGCCGAGCCGCCAGCGCCUCGGGACGCAAUGAGGACCUGGGCUUGCCUGCUGCUCCUCGGCUGCGGAUACCUCACCCAUGCCCUGGCCGAGGAAGCCGAGAUCCCCCGCGAGGUAAUUGAGAGGCUGGAGCACAGUCAGAUCCACAGCAUCCGGGACCUCCAGCGACUCCUGGAGAUAGACUCCGUAGGGUCCGAGGAUGCUUUGGAGAUCAGUCUGAGGGCCCGUGGGGGCCACGCCGCGAAACGCACCCCUGAGAAGCGGCCUGUGCCCAUUCGGAGGAAGAGAAGCAUUGAGGAAGCCAUUCCUGCCGUCUGUAAGACCAGGACAGUCAUUUAUGAGAUACCUCGGAGCCAGGUGGACCCCACAUCAGCCAACUUCCUGAUCUGGCCCCCAUGCGUGGAGGUGAAGCGCUGUACCGGCUGCUGUAAUACCAGCAGUGUCAAGUGCCAGCCCUCUCGCAUCCACCACCGGAGCGUCAAGGUGGCCAAGGUGGAGUAUGUCCGGAAGAAGCCGAAGUUAAAGGAAGUCCAGGUGCGAUUGGAGGAGCACUUGGAGUGCACGUGUGCGACUGCCAGCCCGAACCCUGAUUACCGGGAAGAGGAGACGGGAAGACGUAGGGAGUCAGGUAAAAAGAGGAAAAGGAAAAGGUUAAAACCCACCUAACCAGCCGACCAGAUGUGAGGUGAGGACAAGCCAGCGGCCCUUUCCCGGGAUACGGAUGCACGCGGCGUGUUACAUUCCUGAACCUACCACGUACGGUGCUUAUUGCCAGCGUGUGGCCUUUGUUCUCCUCCGUGAAAACCGUCUCCACGCACACUCUGGAGAACAAAGAGACAGUAUACAUUGUUUAAUGUGACAUCAAAGCAAGUAUUGUAGCACUCGGUGAAACAAUAAAGAGAGAGAGCGCCCGCAGCAAACAAAACCACGGCACAGGACAAACAAAACUGACUCACAAGAAUAGCGAAACGAUUCUCAGAAUGGAGGGACGCCUGUGGGAGGGAAGCUUCGGUGUCUCGGCGGGCUGGAUUUCUGUCCGGGCGGCCACAGGUGCUUCCGCCAGGGACACAGCCUGCUUUCGGGAUGACUGCACGCAGAUGCUAGCAGGCCCUGCAGGGGCGCGGGAGCCAGGAACGUCCCGGAAUCUGCCACGGGACUUUAGAAACCACAUCUCCUUGCUGUAGUGUUUAAGUUUAUACAGAAACCUUCCUGAGAGCCUUAAGUGGAUUUUUUUUUUACACCAUAAAGUGAUUAUUAAGCUUUCCUUUUUACUCUUUGCCUAGCUUUUUUUUUUUUUUUUUAAUUAUCUCUCAGAUGACAUUUACACCGAUGAUACCAGACUGCUGUAACAGGACAGUGGGUCGGACAGUAUUUUUCCUAGCAGGAUGCAGACAAAUGAGAUGUAUUAAAAUAAACAUGGUAUACCCACCUA